AUGGCCCGCAGCUCGUUUCCAGCAACUUUGAAAAGGUUUUGCGAGCUUAACGGGAUCAAGCACAUCACGAGCGCGCCGUACCACCCGCAGUCAAAUGGCCGCGCCGAAAGAUUCGUCGGCCUCCUAAAGGAGGGACUGCAGAAGCUAAGGAGCACUGGAAAUCCAGACGAAGCUUUACGGAAGUUCCUUAUGUGCUACCGCUACACGCCGUCGUACGAACUCGGAGGCAAAUCGCCUUUCCAGCUCAUGACCGGCCGUGAAAUGAAGACGAGGCUCGACCUGGUGAAGCCGCCAUCAGAACCUCCAGCGACCCGGAAGGGCGAGAUGGAAGCCCGCUUUAACGCCCACCACGGCGCAAAAUAG